AUGUCUGUCAAGGGAAAUCAUCCCAAGGAGCAUUCUCCCAAGCGCCGAAAACUAAGCCACGGUACUAAUGAAAGCGAAGUCAGCGGACCGGUGACCUCUCAGAAUACCGAAGAAUCUGCCGCAGCGGUUGGCCAUGGUACUGGGUCUAACAGGCACCCUGUUGGUCGGGAGUCAAGGACGCGAGGCCCCUUGACCACCGGCACCACGGUUCUUCCCACAGGCGGAGUCAACAAAUCAUCCGUUAUCGCUUUGCAAGUGGCCGAGCUGAAUGAUGAAUUGACCCCUAACUAUGCAAGACUUCGACCUAAGUGGACAGCGGUCGUGACCACACUGGAGGCCACCAUCAAACAUUCACCACCCCGUCUGCCCGUGACCGCUCUCGAUGCUAUAAAAUCAUUUAGCAAGCAAGGGAUCAGAGUUCCGUUCCCUGAACCCCAGCCGUCGAAGAAAACCAACUACAAGUUCGAGUUCAAGGUGCCGACUCAGAUCGUAAUCGGUGGAGCGUUGCCUUUAGGGUCAAGUCUGAAACAUCAACAUGUCGUCGAACUGACGGCAAUCAUGCCGGAGGAUCUCUUGCAAGAGAAAGACUAUCUCAACUCUCGAGCUCCUCACAAAGCUGCCUUCUACCUCGCUUGCAUUGCGUCGACGAUCAAGGAAAAACAAGGGCCCGACUACGACAUGUCCUUCGCAUAUCUGUGCGAUGUGGAUCUCUUACCUACAAUCGAGCUUGUGCCGAAGGAUAAGGCAUUGUCGAAGUUUACAUUUCGAGUCGCUGUCGGGUUCCCAGACGCAUCGAUACCCGUUGCAAAGACGUUGCCCACUAAGAACUGUCUCAGGCAUGCAGUCUCCGGCGAAGCAACAACCGCCGACCAGCCUACUCCGUUUUACAACAGUGCUAUCCGCAGUGCAGCAUCGGUUUCAUCCUUUGAGGAUCUCGUCCAGAAGACGAGAAGCCCUGCUUUUGAUGAUGCAUGUCGAAUUGGCCAGCUCUGGCUGAGGCAAAGGGGCUUUUCCAGUUCGGCCAGAUCGGGAGGUUUUGGCUGGCGGGAAUGGUGUUAUAUGUGCGCCCUGUUUCUCCACUCUGGUGGUCACAGAGGCCAUCCACUGUUCUCUAAGCAGUACAGCUGCCUCCAAUUCUUCAAGGCCAUGCUCCAAAUCCUGGCUGGACGAGACUUGCGAGAUCCCAUGGUGCUCAAUAUCACAAACUUGACAAUCCCACGGUCAGAAUACCCGAUUCUAUUUGAUGGAAACACCGGCGUGAAUAUACUGUAUAAAAUGACGCCAUGGUCGUACCAGUCUCUUCGACACCACGCUCAAAUCUCACUGGCUGCAGUCAAUUCCCGGAACGAGGACAGCUUUGACUCAACAUUCACCUUGAAUGUGGCAGCACCGGUGUUGCAGUACGACGAGCUUUUCUCAAUCAAGGUCCCUGCAGCGAGGUACAGAACAGCCGGGGAGGAGCGAGACUUUCUUCUGAGAAUGCACACCACGUUGGUACGGGGUCUGGGAGAUAGGGCCACUCUGGUCAAUUUCAGGAUACCACAACGGCCCAACUGGUCCCUCAACAAAAAUCCAGUCCUCAUCAACAAAGAAGACUACGAAUUGGAGGUCGCUCUACUUACAACCCCAGACAAUGUGGCUCGACUGGUAGACCACGGUCCGGCAGCAGAGGAACAAGAUGAAGCCGCCGAGUUCCGCAGGCUCUGGGGCGAGAAAGCAGAAUUGCGCCGCUUCAGGGAUGGAAGUAUAUCUGAAAGCCUGGUGUGGGCGCCGGGGAGUCCGGUUACGUUGCAGAUCAUCUCUCAUCUCGCAACGCUCCAUUUCAAAAUACCCCCCAGCUCUGUGAAGGUCAAAGGCCAGGAUUUAGAGUCGAGUGCCUUGGGAACAGAGUCACCCGUGAGUGCAAAGGACGCAUUCAGGAUAAUUGGAUCGACAUUCCAAACCUUGGCGUCGACACUGCACGGCCUGGAAGAUCUUCCCUUGCCUAUCCGAUCGAUAUUUCCAGCAGAUCCAGGUCUACGCUCCUCCUCUGUGGGCCAUCCCCUGCUGCCGCAGACAACGCGCCCGCUGAAUAUGAUCAUCCAAUUUGACUCGUCGACAAGAUGGCCUGACUCUCUGCCUGCCAUCCAGUAUACGAAGAUCGCAUUCCUCCUCAAGCUUGCGGAACUUUUGACUGCGGCGAAUACCAGCCUGGAGACUCGCGUGGGUUUGGAGAACACCGACUCCGCUGCCACUGGGCACUUCAACACUUCGUUCCUGGAUAUCAUCUACCCGUCGCCGGCCCCGGGGCUGAGUUCGAUUUGUUUCCGAGCCCGUAUCCAUCACGACCGAGAGGAACAUCUUCUGCAGACAGCCCUGGCCGACAAAUCGCUCCAUGGCUCCCUGAGAGACUCUCUCACCACCGCACUUGCAACACAUAGGCGGGAUUUCCUCGCUCAACCAAACCACACCACGGCAAUCCGCACCCUGUGCACACGCUUUCCGCCUCUUUCCGCCACGAUUCGGUUGGUCAAGAAAUGGGUUUCGUCGCACUUGCUGCUGCCGCACAUUCCGGAAGAAGUCCUCGAGGUCGUCGCGGCACACGUCUUCCUCCACCCCGCGCCAUGGUCGACACCUGGCUCCUCUACCACCGCGUUCCUGCGUUGUCUUCACCUCCUGUCUCGAUGGGACUGGGCAUCCGCGCCUCUGAGCGUCGACCUCAGCCUCUCGCAGGACAUGACGGCCUCGCAGCUGUCUGACAUCCAGACCCGGUUCCAAGCGUGGCGCAAACUCGACCCCAGCAUGAACAACGUCGUCUGGUUCAUCGGCACGAACCACGACGCCACAGGCAUAGUCUGGACGCAGGGUGCACGGCCGCCGCGCGUGGUGGCCGGCCGUCUGACGGCUCUCGCCCGGGCUGCCGUCGACGUUGUCAUCACCAAAGGUACUCAGAUGGACGACUUGGAUUGGACGGGCCUCUUCACCAGCCCGCUGGCAGACUUUGAUUUCCAGAUCCAACUCAAACCGUCGGUGCUGCGAUCGAACAAGUCCAAAGCUGGAUCUACAUCGGCGCCGCAGCCCAACGGUGGGACCUCGGAGUUCAAGAAUCUCCAGAUCCACGAGGCUCUCGACACCGCCUCCAUCGGGCACGACCCGGUCGAGCUGUUCCUCCGCGACCUCAAUCAUGUCUUUGGGUCUACUGCCCUCUUCUUCCACGACCAGCACGGCGGCCGCGUGAUUGCUGGCUUGUGGAGGCCCGGUGUCCUCGGCCCCAAGGAGUGGCGCGUUAGGCUGGGGUGGUCGAGCGUGCCAGUACCAGUACCGGAUGACCAUCAGACAGAUACUAAGGACAUGUGUGUGUUGAACAGAGAUGGCAUCUUUGCCGAAAUCGCCAUGCUGGGCGAGGGAAUGGUCAGAGAGAUUACGGUUAAGGGCCAGUAG